AUGCAGAACCGCCGACCCGCGGGUAUACCCGCAUCUGGAAUUUCUUCACAGAACCCGCAAGUGACAUCAUCGGAAGUAGACAUGCCCAGAAUAAAGGAGCAAAUAUUGAUAUUGAGAAGACCUGCGUCCCGCAAACACGCAGAACUGCCGACCCGCAGGUAUACCCGCAUCUGGAAUUUCUUCACAGAACCCGCAAGGCUCUUCUGCAAGUGGCCAAAAACCUCUUCACACACUUGGUUUGCCUUACAGAGCUACGAGAUAAGAAUUCCAGCAGACCAGGGUAUAGCCGGCCAUGUGGCCACCACAGGCCAGAUCCUGAACAUUAAGGAUGCCUAUUCACAUCCGCUCUUCUACCGGGGGGUGGACGACAGCACAGGAUUCAGGACUCGCAAUAUCUUGUGCUUCCCUAUUAAAAAUGAAAGUAACGAGGUCAUUGGUGUGGCAGAACUGGUCAAUAAAAUUAAUGGCCCUGGCUUCACUAAGUUUGAUGAGGACUUGGCUACAGCUUUCUCCAUCUAUUGUGGAAUCAGCAUUGCUCAUUCGCUGUUGUACAAGCAGGUCCGGGAGGCUCAGUUCCGAAGUCACUUGGCGAAUGAAAUGAUGAUGUAUCACAUGAAGGUGUGUGAAGAUGAAACCAAGAAGCUGCAGAGCAAUGGCAUCAUUCCAGUGUCUCAGAUUGACCCCGACUUUGCCAGUUUUACCUACACCCCCCGAUCCCUCCCUGAAGAUGAUACCAUAAUGUGUGUCAUAAGUAUGUUUGAAGACAUGGGCUUUGUCAACAACUACAAGAUUGAUCGCACAACCCUUGUUAGGUUUUGCCUCAUGGUGAAGAAAGGAUUCAGAGACCCCCCGUACCAUAACUGGAUGCAUGCCUUCUCUGUCUCACACUUCUGUUACCUCCUCCACAAGAACCUGGAGCUUGGGAAUUACCUGGAGUACAUUGAAAUCUUUGCAUUGUUUGUCUCCUGUUUGUGUCAUGAUUUGGAUCACAGAGGAACCAACAAUUCCUUCCAAGUGGCCUCUAAAUCAGUAUUGGCAGGUUUAUACAGCUCCGAAGGGUCUGUCAUGGAGAGACAUCAUUUUGCUCAGGCGAUCGCCAUCCUGAAUUCCCACGGCUGUAACAUCCUAGAACAGUUCUCCAGAAAGUAUUACCAGAGGAUGCUGGAUCUGAUGAGAGACAUUAUCUUGGCCACCGACCUUGCACAUCACUUGCGAAUCUUCAAGGAGCUCACAAACAUGUCCCAAGAUGGGUUUGAUCCCCACAAUAAACAUCACCACUAUCUCCUGAUCUGCCUCCUAAUGACCUCCAGUGACCUCUCCGACCAAACCAAAGGCUGGAAGACCACCAGGAAGAUAGCGGAACUGAUCUACAAGGAAUUCUUCUCUCAGGGAGACCUGGAGAAAGCAAUGGGAAACAGACCGGUUGAGAUGAUGGACAGAGAGAAGGCUUACAUCCCUGAACUCCAGAUCAGCUUCAUGGAGCACAUUGCCAUGCCCAUAUACAAGUUGCUCAAGGAUCUCUUCCCGCAAUCUGCCGAGUUGUACGAGAGGGUCGCGGCCAACAGAGAAAAGUGGCUUAUUUUUGGUUUGGGUUUACCCUAAAUGUGUUGCAUUAAGAAACCCAUAUUUCCCCCAUGAAUCAAUCCAUUUAGGCACUGCCCAUGCGUCUGUUCUUCUUGAGAAAUAAUGUACCAUGAAAGUUACGGCUCAGCGUCCAACCCAGGGGUACAGAAGCCAUAUGAGUGAAUAUCCACAUUGCUAAAUUUGGCUCUGUUGCAUCUUUCGGAUAUUGUUUGGCCCUUUGACUGGUGUCUGGGACACUGCACAUGCUCAGUGAGCUCUGACCUGUUCUAAGGACUUGUGAGAAAAGUGGUGUAUUGGUGCACCCCAACCAUGUACAUCUCUGGUGGCAUGAAUUAAUUCACGCUCUCUUU